AUGAAGGAGUCAUUCGCUGCCCUUCUGCGCACGGCGGCCGGCAAGCUCACCCUUUCGCUGCUCGUGGCUUCGCAAGCCACGGCCUAUAAUUUCAAACCCGUCCCAAAUCCCAACCUCAACCUCGACGAUUUAGGCCGGAUAGCCUUCGCUGGAGAUUUCGAUUCGAUAUCGCUUUACCAGUAUGAAGGCCAAAAUCAAAAUACUCCCGCUACUGGAGGAGCCCUCCUCGCACGCUACCCCAAUGGCGUCUUUGCGACGAUCAACACCACAGAUGCCGACAUCAAGGCCAUGUGCGCGCUCCAGGUCAAUGGCGCGGAACGAGUCGUGUUCGCAGGCAACUUUACUAGUGUUGGCGAUCUUCGUACACCUGGAGGCAUCGCGCUGCUCGACCCCAACAACGGCAACGUCACUCCACUCGAAGGACUUACUGGAUCGGUCAACGCGCUCUACUGUGAUAGAGAUGGCGGUCAGGUCUACGUGGGAGGAAGUCUAGAAGGUGCGAACUCGUCCAACGCUCUAGUAUGGAAGAACGGCUGGGAAGACCUAUCGUUUAAUGGCUUCAAUGGCCCCAUCCACUCCAUCAUCCGGUCCAACGACAACAUAAUUUUUGGAGGAGAGUUCAACGGUCUCGGAGGAGGCAAUGCGUCGAUUGUGUCGAGCGAAAACAACACGCAGGUCAUCCCCAUCGCUACCGCAGACAUAACCGCCCAGACAAGCUCCGGCCAGAACGGCCUCUCAGACCCCAAGAACAUCGCAUGCAAAGCCGACUUUUCCACGCAAGGCGCCGGCUCGACAUGGCUGCUCGCCGAUCGAUCGCCCGGAUUCUGGAAGGCCGACUUUGGCUUCGGUUUCGAGCCAACAAGCAUGAAGCUCUACAACACGGACUUCGAGGGCCGUGGUAGCAAGACUUUCCGCUUCACUGCACUUCCAGACGGCGGUAUCUUGAACCUGACCUUCACCGAUCCCCAGAGCGGACAACAGAAAUUUUGCGACGCUACAUGCCCCCUGCCCGAGGGCAAUACCACUGCGCAGGACUUCUCCUUCGUCAACGUCGUUGGUAUGAACGCUUUCAGGAUCGACGUCUCGGAAUGGUACGGUCAGGGUGGUGGUCUUAACGGUAUCCAGCUGUUCCAGGACGCCAUGUACUCAUAUGCAGUCAACGACUUCAACGAGCCCAAGAACUGUGGUUCAACCACGUCAGGGUCAGAAGCAACCUCUACCGGCUCUUGGCAGGUCUCUCCGUCGCACGACAGCUCCUCCAGGUAUCUCACCACAUCUCUGCAGGGUACACCCAUCGACACCGAGUCGACCAGCGUCACCUUCCUGCCCGACAUCAAACAGUCUGGCAACUACUCUGUCACCAUCUACACGCCUGGAUGCCAGGGCGAUGGUACUUGCGGCACCCGCGGUCGGGUCAACGUCACAGCACAAUUGGGCGGUGAGCCCAACAGCGUUGAGCUUUGGCAGACCAACAACUUUGACAAGUACGACGAGGUUUACAACGGCUUCAUCGAUGUCACCGAUGGCUCCCGUCCACAAGUAGUCCUUCGACCUGCAAGCGGACAAGGCCCUGGCCCCUUGACUGUCGUUGCACAGAGGGUACGCUUCACGCUUCUGAAGGCUACGUCAGGUAACUUGAACGGUCUCUUCGAGUACAAGCCUGGUCAGACCGUAGACGCGGACGACUUUACCAAGUCGGUCAUCACUGCCGCCGGAGCCAGCCUCAUUCCUAGGGAGAAGGCUUUCGUUACCACUGUCACAACAGGUGACAACACACUGUAUGUCGGCGGAUCCUUCAACAGCAGCGACGACCGCAACAACAUCUUCGAAGUUCGACAGGGAGCGGAAGAACCCAGCGCACUUCCCGGCAAAGGACUCAACAACCAGGUCAUGACUAUGUUCCACAACGCUAGUACGCUGUACGUCGGUGGUAACUUCACCAACACGGCGGAGAACAACGUAGCAGGCCUUGGCGGAGUGGCUACCUUGAACAACAACCAGUGGCAACCCCUUGGUGCCGGUGUAGAUGGUGUCGUCCUGUACUUGGUACCGUUCUCGCUCAACAUCACCGCCAAUACUCCCGAAGACGUGCUCGCUGUCAGCGGAUUCUUCAGCCGGGUCAACGCCUUUGGUAACAACCCCAGCACGAGCGUUAAUGACUUCGCAGUCUGGGUGCCAUCUCGUGGCAACUGGCUGCACAAUCUGGACUUCUACUCUCUAGCCAUGUCCGGCAGACUGAUGACUUUCGCUGAUGUGCCCGGAGGUGAACGCUGGUAUGGUGGAUCUGUAUCAUCUGGUGCUCUUCUCGCGAGCGGUACUGCUGAGCUCGAAAGUGGAGAUGAAUUGUCACUCAGUGCUUUCCCCAUCAAGAUCCAAGCGCAACAGCAGCAGCAGACCCCUUCUCGUAAGCGAGCCAUCGUUCAAGGACAAAACCUCAACACCACUGGAGUCCGUACUGGUACAUUCUACAAGGAAAACGGCAUGAACAAGACGAUCCUCGCUGGACAUUUCGCAACCAAGGGCGCAGAGGACCGCAACAUCACCAACCUCCUCAUCAUUGACGGUAACGACUCUGACAAAGUAACCGGCUUUGACGACGAGCUGGACGCCAAUUCCACCUUUGCGGCCGUCGCUGUCUUGGACAAUAUCUUGUAUGCCGGUGGCAUGAUCAGCGGACAGCUCGACAACAAUCGUGUUGCUGGUGUUGUCGCCUACGACCUUGCCAGCAACGCGUUCACCAAGGCUCAGCCGCCACCGCUUCAGGGUGUGAACGUUACAGUCAACGCCAUCGCUCCACGACCGAAGUCCAAGGACAUCUUCGUCGCAGGUCAGUUCCAGUCCGCUGGCGCCUUGAGCUGUGCUGCAGUGUGCAUCUGGAAUACCGAGCGUAGUCAAUGGACUGCGCCAGGCACUGGCCUUUCCGGUGAUGUUUCGUCGCUCACAUGGGUUGGCGACAACAGUCUACUCAUUGCCGGCAACCUCACCUCUGGCACCAACCAGACCAAGAUCCUGACCUACGACUCAUCAAGCAGACAAUUCGCAGUCGUUCCCGGUGCCAACGACCUUCCUGGUCCGGUCACUGCUCUGACCAUUGCUAACCGUAACGGAGACCAAUUCUGGGCCGCUGGUACAGCAAGCGAUGGCACUGCGUUCCUGCAGCGAUUUGACGGUACCAAGUGGGUGCCUGCUGAUGGGGCCAUGUUCGGUAGCUCGACCGAAAUUCGUGGAAUUCAGGUCCUUUCUCUGUCCGAAGAUCAUGGCGAAUCCGAUAUCAUCGACCGCAACCAAGAUCUCCUUCUCAUGGGCCAGCUCAACAUCACUUCGUUUGCGGGUAAAACAGCAUCUGCCGCGCUCUUCAACGGCACUACACUCACUCCUUUCCUCCUUGCUACCAAGGGCCAAGACGGUUCAACACAAACUGGAAGCCUGUCCUCUGUGUUUGUAGAGAACCCCAACUCAUUCUUCAGACAGUCAAACAAGCAUCUCGCGCUAUGGGCCAUUGUUCUCAUCGGCCUCGCCAUCGCUCUCGUCCUCACCUUCCUCCUCGUCGUUAUCGGUAUCGUUAUCGAAUGGUUCCGCAAAAAGCAACAGGGCUAUUCCCCUGCCCCGACGUCUUACCCUGAUCGGUUAGGCAACGUAGGACGUCUGCCGCCGGAGCAGCUGUUCGGAACCCUCUCGGGACCUCGAGCCCCAGCAAUCUAG